UCCAGAAGAUGUCAGUAAGUGUUGCUAACUAAAAUCCUCAAGUCUGUAUGGCUGCAGCCCAAAAUCCUUGCAACAGCGGAUAAUUUUAAGAAAACCGACUUCAAAACGCAUUUAGUUAAGCCAGUAAUUUAGAUUCAAACAUAAAACUUCAUAAUUUCUUUGUCAAACGUACCAUAUUUUCGAAGCAGCAACCGAAACACGCAACAAACACUCAAACAUCCACGUGCUCCAUUCAGACGCCGUUCAGGCGCGUGCACGCAGCUCGCUUCCCGUUCAAGAUGGCAGCCACCAUGAAGAAAGGAGUGGCAGCAGAGGAUGUCAAUGUAACAUUUGAGGACCAGCAAAAGAUAAACAAGUUUGCCAGGAACACAAAUCGGAUGUCUGAACUGAAAGAUGAAAUCGAGGCCAAAAAGAAAUCUUUACAGAACUUAGAGGAUGCCAGUGAUGACCUCAUGAUGUGUGAGGAUGAUUCGAUGCUGAUCCCGUAUCAGAUUGGAGACGUGUUUAUCAGUCACUCGCAAGAAGAGACGCAGGAGAUGCUGGAGGCAGCAAAGGAAGCUCUGCAGGAAGAGAUCAAGGCUCUGGAAGGUCGCGUCUCAUCCAUACAGGGGGUCCUGGGAGAUUUAAAGGUUCAAUUAUACGCCAAGUUUGGAAACAACAUCAACUUAGAGGCGGACGAGAGCUGAAACCUUUAGCUGGUGGACUUGACCUCAUAGACUGUCCAUCUCUAACAGGACAGGACAUUUCUACAAAUCUUGUCCGGUUUACUCCAGUGAUGUCUGUUCAGUUUCACAUCUUGUUACGUUUAAUCAAGUUCUUGAGGUGUUGCAUCCAGGUGGUUUUUGGGGGACGAAUGAAAUGUCCAGAAUGAGAGAAUUGAAAGGCACUGAUGUCAAAAUAAAAAAAAGAAGAAACAUUUUUUUUUAUGAGUUCCUUCAAUUUGGGUUCAGUAUUGAGGUGAAUGUUUCUUGUUGGCACAGUUAUAGUGUUUUGAGCAAAUAGCAAAGGAUGCAUGCAGUGCUUAAUUUGUAAAUGAACAAUUUCCAGAACAAUACCAGGAUAUAAAAGUUACUGUGACCGGCACCCACCACAAUUUCAGGUUUCCAGGAACAUGACAUCACUAAACGGUGAUAGCACCAAUGGUGAUCAGUUUACUAAUACCACUGACUUUCAUUUCACUUCACUAUUAUGUGACAAGUGGAAAAAAAAAUUAAAAUACUCACCGUCUAAUCUUCAAGAACA